GCUGCUGUCACCUCGCCACCUUCCACGACCUUUUAAUCGGCCUCCCCCUCCACCGACGUCCUCUGCGGCUGUCCAAGCAGUGGGUCUCAUCACGACGCCAACGCUGGAGCUGUAAAAUUAACAACCGGGGCUCCGGUUUAAAGCGCUGCAGAAAGCUGACCAGCCCGCACCAGUGGGCUCUCUUGCGACUGUCUCUGAAACACGUCUGUUUCGGAGAAAGUACAAUCGGACAGGCCAGACACCACUGCCGCAGCCGCCGCGCGUCCUCCAAAAACAAAUCGCCCAAAUCGAAGCAAAAUGGUGCAAAAUAAGAUCACCGAAGUCACUGGAUUCCAUCGCUCUUUUAAGGGGCAAAAUCCUUUUGCAACAGAUGACUUCACCAAAAAUGGAUCUCAUCUUAUUGAUUCAACAUUUGAUUUUGAUUCCUCCCCAAGGCAUGACAUACCUUCCAGCCAGCCUAUUGACAUCCCUGAUGCCAAGAAGAGAAACAAGAAGAAGAAGCGUUGCAGGGCAACAGACAGUUUCUCUGGACGAUUUGAGGAUGUAUACAGACUGCAGGAUGAAGUUCUGGGGGAGGGUGCCUAUGCCAGGGUGCAAACGUGCAUAAACCUUAUAACUAACAAAGAGUAUGCUGUCAAGAUAAUUGAAAAAAGACCAGGCCACAGUCGCAGUCGUGUCUUUCGUGAGGUUGAAAUGCUCUACCAGUGCCAGGGCCACAGUAACAUCCUGGAAUUGGUGGAGUUCUUUGAAGAGGAAGACAAAUUCUAUCUGGUGUUUGAAAAGCUCAGGGGAGGGUCAAUUUUGGCACACAUUCACAAGAGGCAGCAUUUCAGUGAGCAGGAAGCCAGAGUUGUCGUGCAGGACAUUGCCAGAGCUCUGGACUUCCUGCAUAACAAAGGAAUGGCACACAGAGACCUCAAACCUGAAAACAUCCUCUGUGAAAGUGCAGACAAGAUUUCCCCAGUUAAGAUUUGUGACUUUGACCUGGGCAGUGGGAUCAAGCUGAACAGUGACAGCUCACCCAUCUCCACCCCUGAGCUCCUCACCCCUUGUGGCUCUGCAGAGUACAUGGCACCUGAGGUGGUGGAGGCCUUCAGCGAGGAGGCCACCAUUUAUGACAAGCGCUGUGACCUCUGGAGCCUGGGAGUCAUUUUGUACAUCAUGCUGAGUGGUUACCCACCCUUUGUAGGGCAUUGCGGGGGUGACUGUGGCUGGGAAUUGGGGGAACCCUGCCACAGGUGCCAGAACACUUUGUUUGAAAGUAUUCAGGAAGGAAAGUAUGAGUUUCCUGACAAAGACUGGGCUCAUAUCGCCUCAAGUGCCAAAGACCUUAUAUCCAAACUACUGGUUCGGGAUGCCAAAAAUCGCCUUAGCGCUAGCCAGGUGCUGCAGCACCCCUGGGUGCAGGAGGGUGCAUCUGACACUUUGCCAACACCGGUUUUUCAUCAGAGAAGCAACAAUGCAAGGGAUCUGACAUUCUUUGCGGACAAGGCGAUGGCUGUGAACCGGCAGCUGGCUGAGCAGGAUGGCAUGGAAGACCAGCAUCAGCUGGAGACCCCCUUUGUGGUCACUGCUGCUGGCUCUUCCAUGCGCCUCUCUCCUCCUUCUAACUCUCAUCUGGCCAGGCGACGGCAGCGCAGCAGCCAGCCCAAGGGCGGCCCCGUCUCUGCUGCUGAGCUCCGUCAGCUCUUGGCCCCUCUAGUUAUUGUGGGGGACUGUGCCUGAUUUUUGUCAAAGUUGACCACAGACCUACUAUGAAGAUCGAAGACCUGCUCCUCUCCUUACCUGUCUUUGACUCUAGCUGGCCUUGGUCCCUCGCCAUUCAGGCUCUUUCUGCCUCGCUGUAAGGGGAGACCGCAGCUCUUCUUCUAAAUGCCUUUUGAACUUCUGAAGCACAUCAGCCCUGGACCUGCAAAUACAGUUGCACGGCCAGGUUUUUGGUGAGGGGGGGUUAAGAGAGAGAGAUUUUCUCAGUUAUUGCCCCGCCCCCCAAUUCUCUCAACACUUAUGUUUCAAACUAAGCUCAGACACCAAAGGACAACCUCUUGUGCUGCUCACACGUUACAACUGGAUCCACUGUGAAUUAAGUUGUCUGGAAUGUUCUCUUUGCGUUUAAGUAUAGGCAUGAAUAGUCGGUCUGCACAUACAUACAAGCUUAUGCAAUAUGCUAAGAUGAAGGCGUACAUACAGUACGGGGUGGGAAGAGCUGUAAUCCAAUGCAGUCUGUGCCUGGUGCAGUUAUUGUGUGGCUGGGGAUUCUUUAAAGACGUUUCUUUUCUUUCUGUUGUCCAUUCAAAGGAAGAUAUUUUGAAUCGAUUUGGCUUGGUGGCCAUGCAAUUAAAGUUCCAAGAGCAGAGAAUGUCUGUCCACUGCCAGCUGUGAUGUAAUUAGUGCACUGAUUUAAACAGUUUGGCUCAAUGCUAAAUGAUCAGUUGCCAUACUGUUCAGUGAAACAGGUCGAAAGUAUUACCAUUUGGUCGUCCCUGAAAAUGACUCUGCAGCCUUGAACAAUGUCUGGUAUGUUGCUCAGAAUGUUUUUUUGUUUUUUUUUUAAUUUUAUUUUAUUUUUUAUUUUUUUAUGUAAAGAAUUUAUGGCAUCCCAUAGCCACACCCACUUCUUAUGGUAUUUCAUUUUUGUAUUUUUUUUUAAUAUGCAACUCAAUGUAUGCAUCAGCUCUAACCUUUAUUUUUGGCAUUCAAGGUUAGAAAUCCCUCUUCUGUAGGGUUUGAAAAGCACAUUUCGGCCAAUGUGACCUCGUUGUCAUUUAAUUGAAUACACUUAUUUGGAUCAUCAGCAGUUUAAUGUGUUUUAUUUUUGAGAUGUCCAUUUCUAAAUAUUAACAUAAUUGAAGACACUUUUUUCACAGAAAAAAAAACAUUUAAAAAAAGGAAAAACAUUCCAUAAAAACAAAAAAAAUCUUCCACAAAUAUUUAGCUGUAUUAUGUUUACCUUUCUUUUCAUGUUUAAAACUCCAGGUGAAUGUGCCACUUCCAUUUUUGUAUGGCUUUUUUAUUUUCUACUUAAUUGUCAUGGAGGUGCUACUGAGUUCAGGUGAAGCACCAGCUAGUUUCCUUCAGUUUGUUUAUGGUAUGUGCUUAAGUUGUGAGUAUGAGAGUCGGCGGAAGUUUUAGUUGAUCUGGAGCGUUCUUGCCCAGACAUUUAUGGUCUUUUUAAAUGUUCAUGAGUUGGCAAUAAUUAUUUUCUAAACUUCAUUCGAGAAGACUAUGUUUCACGAAAGAGGGUUAAGUCAUGACCUGGCAGCCAGGUGCUGACAAUCCACUGCCAGCACUGCAGUAAUGGUACUCUGGACAUGGUUGCUUUGUUGGUAAAUGAUCUACUCUGCUGAUAACAGGACACUGUAAUGGCUCUCGAAACCACCUACAGAUUCAUCAUCAUGGGAUUUUAUGUCUUAUAAUAAGACUUGAAUUUGUAUAUGCAGCCGUUUCUUCUCUAUUUGGGAAACUAUGCUAAAUCUCAAUGCGUUAAUCUGAUGAUUAAGGCAAUCUUUUGGGGGGUUUAAAAAGCCUACUAAAGUUCAGUAUUUGUUUUUAUUUUUUUUUUGUCUCCUUCGAGCAUAAGUUUGAUACUUGCAAUCAUGCGUGCACACAAAGGGCCACACUCAAGCUCCUAACUGGUAUAAUAAGAGUUCUUGGUCAUGAUCAUUUCUACUUUUUUGUGAAAUGGCAGUUUUAAGACUGUCUUAUGGGGAGAAAGUUCUAUUCUAAGCCUCUCACUUUUUAUGUUUGUCAUUUUGUCGUAAGGAAAUAAUCUAAGCGGACAGUGUCAACCCUUCCCAUAAUUUGAAUGGAGUCCAAAGGCAAAUAAUUUACAAUCCAGCAACACUGAUUAAAGCCUUCCUAAUCGAAGUCCUUAAGUGUGAGGUAAACAAUUCUGCCUGUGGUGGAAGAACAGUCCUUGAGCUGAGGCUUAUGAGCCAACGCCUGACUUUAGCACCACCUUGAUGCCCUUGGGGGAAGACGUUUGGAAUAAAUACAUCCUUAAAGUACAAAACAAUUUUGAUUUCAGAUAAGCACUUUACUGUACCAUGUGAAUGAUUGCAGUUCACUCAAGGCAACACUUAAAACAUUGUUCCAGAAUUUUGUAUUGUUUUUCUAAAAAACAAAAAAGGCAAUAAAAUGCUUUUAAAAAUG